AUGACGACUUCGUCCUCAACAUAUAAAGCAGUCGAGUUCCGCGAAAGAGUGAUUGACUCUCUACCAUCUUUCCAAGUUCUUAAAUCGUUGAAAUUCGAACACAAACUCAACAUGAAGGUCUUUGCUACUCUUCUCCUCCUAGCCGCCACCGCCACUGCGGCUCUCGCUGCUGUCCCUGCUCCCAAUGCUGGCUGCUCUCAACCAGGUCAAUACUGCAACGGCGGGACCUUCCUCUGUUGCAACAACCGACGAUGCAGUAACAAUGUGUGCCAGUGA